AUGGCCGUAAACGUACAACAAUUCCAUUGGGUGAUCCGAGUCAGUUCCGUGGCGAUCCGUCUAGCGUUGGUUGUGGAGUUGCUUGCCAUGCUUCAGCUCGGCUACCACACGGAAAAUGGAAAAAAUUUUGGCGUUGAUCUCGGAAAAUCGACAGUCCACGCAAUUCUAAAAGAAUCAAAGAAAUGGAUGAGCGUUCCCACAGCCAGCUCCAGUUCCUGCUGGCAGCGACCCCCAAAGUUUGAGAAGUUGGAGGAGGCCGUCAACAUCUGGUUUGCGGAAAUGCGCUCCAGAGGGGCCGCCGAGAUGCUGCAAGAAAAGCUUGCGGAAUUUCUUGCUCAGUAUUCUCCAGAUGAUAUUUACAACUUCGACGAGACUGGCUUUUUUUACAAGUUGGGCCCAUCUUCGACUCUGGCAUCCGAACCUGUGGCUGGAAACAAGCGAAGCAAAGAAAGAAUCACGGUGGGAUUCUUGUGCAACGCGAGCGGCACCCACAAGUGGAAGCCCAUUGUCGUGGCAAAAGCGGAGCGACCACGAUGUUUUGGAAAGACAUUUGACCCGAACAUGUAUUGUUCCUACAAUUGCAACAAGAAAGUGGACGACGAUUCCAACAUGGCGGCGGUUUACAAAAUUUUCUUCGACGAGGAUCUCGAGUACCGGGUCAACCCUCGAGCUCAAAUGUACAGGGCAGGAUCCGAGCGCCAGAUGCCUGAGAAGUGCAAGCAAGUCAUUGCUGAAAAGACGGGAUAA